GCCUGGGCUGUUAAAGGACGCUCCCGGGGGGAGGGGAGUUUCGGGGGUACCGGGCGGGGGAGUCUCGAGCCAGAGGGGAGGGGGCGGCGGGUUUUCAUGUGCCCAGCAUGAGCUCCUACUUCGUCAACCCCCUGUUCUCCAAAUACAAAGGCGGCGAGUCCCUGGAACCGGCCUAUUACGACUGCCGGUUCCCCCAGAGCGUGGGCAGGAGCCAUGCGCUGGUGUACGGGCCCGGCGGCUCGGCGCCCGGCUUCCAGCACGCCUCGCACCACGUCCAAGACUUCUUCCACCACGGCACCUCGGGCAUCUCCAACUCGGGCUACCAGCAGAACCCGUGCUCGCUGAGCUGCCACGGAGACGCCUCCAAAUUCUAUGGCUACGAGGCGCUCCCCAGACAGUCCCUUUAUGGGGCUCAGCAAGAGGCGAGCGUGGUGCAAUAUCCCGACUGUAAAUCCUCCGCCAACACUAACAGUAGCGAAGGACAAGGCCACUUAAAUCAAAACUCGUCUCCCAGCCUCAUGUUUCCAUGGAUGAGACCCCACGCUCCCGGGCGGCGCAGCGGAAGGCAAACUUACAGCCGGUAUCAGACCUUGGAACUAGAAAAGGAGUUUCUCUUUAAUCCUUAUUUGACACGAAAGCGCCGGAUUGAAGUCUCUCACGCCCUGGGACUGACUGAGAGACAAGUGAAGAUCUGGUUCCAAAACCGAAGGAUGAAGUGGAAAAAGGAGAACAACAAGGAUAAACUGCCCGGAGCCCGAGAUGAGGAGAAGGUGGAGGAAGAAGGAAACGAGGAAGAGGAGAAAGAAGAGGAGGAAAAGGAAGAAAACAAGGACUAAGCAAAAAAGAGAGACCCCCCCCACCCCUUUAGCAACUCCCUUGAAGUUUCGUUUUAUGGUAGCGGAUAAAUUGAGAAGUUUACGACUGUCAUUUGCUUUUAUAGAGAAUAGAAUGACACUCACAACUCUAACUACCUGUCAGAUACUUGCAGUUCUGGUUUUAUUACCUUUGGACUUCCCCCAUCUUUAUUUGUUGGGGGGCUGGAGGGGGGAGACUGAGACACAGCGAAAAGUUCGGAGUCUCUGUCUCAGUCGUUGCCCCGACACACACACUUGUCCCUACCCCCACCCUCAGAGACCAGCCAGGAUUGUAAGGUCUGAGACCUGCCCUCUUUGCCCCCUCUCUUGCCCCUUCUUGCCACACUCCCACCUCCCUGCUCCUUUGGUAUUUAUUUUAGAGGGGAGCCCCCCUUAAAAUGAAGAAGAUUCAUGGCUUUGUGUUUAUGCUAGGAUUAGAUUAUUAGAUUUACUUCUUUUCAAAGGAAAGAAAAGAAUGAAGGAAGGAAAGGAAAAGGGGAAAUGUUUAAAGAAAUAAAAAGG